AUGCCAGAGCUGCGUAAUAUUCUUAACGAAAAUGCAACUCCAAGCGCUGCUUCAGCCGUUACAUCUUCAUCGUUGCUCACAGUGGGAUCGGGCUGUGUUCGUGCGCGUAACGUGAUAGACAAAGGCUGUCGUUCCGGCACGUGUCUGCGUGUACUUGUGGCAGCCUUAGCCUCGGCUGCAGCAAUCGCAAUACUCAUUUCUUUCUGUUCGCGCGUUUUGGAGAGACGUGCAGUGCAGAGCCUUGGAAGCCGCAGGCUGGGCAACUCGGAAGACAGCGACGGGUCGAUUGAUGUUUGCGGAAGCACUGGUGACGAAGAUGAGGAGGGUCAGCCUAUACAGUUUCCCAUAGACUCUGAAUCCCAACACGUGAAGCUUCCCAUUAAAAAGAGAGUUUUGCCACGAGAGGGUGAAACUGGGACAGAUGACGAUGCACGCAGUCCUCUUCAAGGAGACCAGCAGGACCAGGUGGUUGUGCAUGACAUCGCCGGACCUCCGUUCGGUUAUUUCCCACCUGGAGAUGGUCCAACACCAGAACAGCAUGACCUCACACCAUUUCCGUCUCACGGACAACCAGUGCAGCAGCGGCCGUCAGAGGGUAGUGUGACAGAACUGCUGAGGUCCCCUCGAUACCAGCAUUCUGCUCACCAUUAUGAUCCGGGUACAAUGAAUACACCCUUUCUGGAGAUAAAGAGGCUGCAGCGAGAGCUGCAACAGCUUCAGGAGCAACUGGAGAGAGAGCGUCGUCACCACAGGGAACAACAGCGAAUGUACAGAGAGCACCUUCAUUGGCAGCAGAUGCUUUGGCAGCAGCAAGACAAGGAUCAGUACCAGGUUCAGCAACAGGACCAGCAACAGCAUCAUUUGCCUCAGCAACAACACCAUGCGCAGUAUUUGCUGCCGCAUCAGCAACAUCCUCAUUACUGGGCCAACGAGGCGCAGCAACAGUUCAUGUUCGACCAACGGGAGCAGCAACAGCAGCAUCUGCCUCAGCAAGAGAAGAAUCGGCCUCAACAACAGCAGCAUGCGCAGUACCUCCUGCACCAGCAGCAGUAUUCGCAUUAUUGGCAUCAACAACAGCGGCAGCAGCACUUGUUUCACCAACAGGACCAGCAGGAGCAUUUUGCUCCGCAAGAGCCACAUGCGCAAUAUUUGCUCCAACAUCAGCAAAAUCCUCAGUAUUGGCCUCACGCACAGCAGCAGAAUUAUCUGCUUCAACAGCAGGAGCAGGGGAAGCAGGAUUUGCAAAAGCAACGGCAACAUACGCAGAAUUUGAUGCAACAGCAGCAACGUCCGCAGUACUGGCCUCAACAACAACAGCAGCAGUACUUUUCUCAGCAGCAGGGGAAUCCCCAGCCUCCACAAAGUCAGCAACAUUACGGCGUUCAACAAAGGGAACAAUACACGCAUUUGCUUCACCAGCAAGAGCCGAACUAUUUCCCUGAGCAGAAGGAGCAGCAUUCGGCCCAAGAGGAGAGCAAGCAGCCGCACUUGCAACUCCAAAAGCACGGGGAGCAAGUCAAACAACAAGAGAG